GCUGGAGUUAACCUUCCUGCCAAAAGGUUUGUAAUAUUCAAGCAACUGAAUAUAGGUAUUCUAUAUGAAAAUUUCAUAAUGAAUAUAAAUGAAAUUGAACUAUCCCCCUAAUUAGACCUUGGCUUUAUCAGAAAAGAACCACACAUUUUAACUCUAUAUUAAAAAAAAUUAUUAAUUUCUUAAAAAUCAGGAACUGGGUCAAUUUUUAGAUGCCAAGAAAGUGUAGUUUUGACACAUGAAAAUAACUAAGUUAGAAAGUUCAAAUCUGUAAAUAAAUUUAACAAACUCAAUUUUUUCAGGGUUGUCAGGAAAAUGUAAAUACAAUUUUUAUUUAUCAGAAAACUAGUGUAUGAUCAAUUAUACAACAUAUUAAAAGGGAGACAAAAAGUCAAUUUAAGUUCAUUUUCAAAAAAUCAAUUAAGCUAUUCUAAAGAUACAGGUCAAAGGUAAUUUAAAGUACAACAAUUUGAAAUCAUCAUACAAAGGUGAAACCCACAAAAUAAUUUACAGAAAUUAUUUCAGCAUGACAUGUACACAAAAACUAUAAAAUUCAUAGAUUUUUAAAAAUUCACAAAAAAUUAACAAAGCAAGAUAUCUUAUCAAAUUUUAAACAGUAUAAUAGAACAUGUUAAUCUUUUUAAAAAUAAAGCAAGACAAAGGUUUAGGGAAAAAAUUCUGCACACGAAACAAUAUAAAAAUAGGUAUGUUUGCACUGAAAAUCUAUAGUUUCCAGCACCAUGAAAGUGAUCAUAUUAUAAUAAUAGUUAAUUAAUGAUUAUCUUAGUCUAGAUAAUUGCUUCAUAGUUUUUGAUGGCCUGAUCCAUAACUUUAAGUUAUCAGAGACCCAUUCUGUUGAUGCAUAGUUGACACUGUCAUAAUUCUUACUUCUUGUUUGUCAAAAUCUUGUCAAAAUUUUGUUGAAUGGAUGUCUGUUGGUAUUUGUUUCACCUUAUAUAAUAUAAUAGUAAUGGGUCUAAAACUGUUACUUUGAUUUUUCUCCAGAGUUAUCAUUAGGAGUCCUUACAUUGGUAAAGACUUCAUCAAAUUCAGCCAGUACAAACAAAUGAUUGGCAGAGCUGGCCGUGCAGGCAUCGAUACAUCAGGGGAGAGUAUUCUUAUGGUUGACAAAAAAGACAUGAUCAAAGUAAAUUAG